AUGCUUUCCCCUUCGCCGCUAGAUGGCAGUCUUACCAAUGAAAAGGGGACGAUAAUAUCGAGAUUCGCUUUUUUUAAACGCCGCAUACGACUACGGAGGAACUCUUCUAUUUCGAUCCCUCUGGGCCUUGUUUUACUAUUUCCAUGCAUUGUAAUAAUCCUUAUUGUCCUCCUCUUCGUUACUCACCCUUCUUCUCCCGGUGGGAUGCUGAUGCCCACUGGUACUCCUCCUUCUAUACGAAAAAUCAGCGAGAAAUAUGACAAAGUGUUUGAAGUAGGCUGCAGAGAAAUUGACACCAGUCAGCCUAGAGCAAACGCCGCCUUCGUCGUCCUGGCCAGAAACAAGGAGCUGGAGGGUGUAAUCCAGUCUAUGAAGUCGAUCGAGCGCCACUUCAACCGAUACUACAACUACCCGUAUGUAUUCCUGAACGAUGGAGACUUCGACGAUAACUUCAAGGAUACUGUCACCAAUUACACCAAAUCCAGCGUGGAGUUUGGCAAGAUCGACUCGUCAAUGUGGGGAUACCCUGACUGGACCGAUGCUGAGGUAGCCAAAGAGGGUAUCCGCAAACAGGGAGACGCUGCUAUCAUGUACGGAGGAAUGGAGAGCUAUCACCACAUGUGUCGAUUCUACUCUGGUGACCCUUUCCUGGAGAUGGCUAAGAACAACAAGACGUAUGGCUUCACAAUUGCCGUCAAGGAACUUAAAGAGACCGUGCCGAAUAUCUUCCGCUAUGCGUCUGCCUACAAACGAACGAACAACAUCACUUCCCAAGGUCUAUGGGAAAUGUUUCUCGAGGACCCCGUCGAGGAGGAAAAACCGGCAGAAGAGAACAAUGCCCUCCCAGACGAGAUUCUACAGACGCAGCCCGGUGCUGCCGGCCUCAAAGACGUUGAUCCUGAAGCAAUGGAAGGCGAGACGUACAAUAUGUGCCAUUUCUGGAGUAACUUCGAGAUCGCACGGUUGGAUUUCUUCCGUAGCAAGGCUUACGAAGACUUCUUCACGAUGAUGGAUAGGAGUGGUGGCUUUUGGAAUGAAAGAGUACGUCUUUGUCUACCCAUAUUCUAUAUAUAUAUGAAUUUCUUGCUACAGAUGCUAACGAAACCCUUGUUUCAUCAGUGGGGAGAUGCACCUAUCCACUCUCUUGCUGCCGGCGCACUUCUGUCUCCAGCCGACAUUCACUACUUCAGAGAUUUUGGAUAUCGUCACACCACCAUCCAGCACUGCCCCGCCAAUGCUCCAGCCAGACAACGCGUUCGAGAUCCAUAUCUCGAACAAACCACUCUGGACCCGAAGCUCCGCCAAGAAGAGGACGAAUACUGGGACUCUCCAGAUCCACCCAAGGAGAACGGCGUUGGCUGCCGAUGUCGCUGUGAUACCGACAUCGUCGACGUGGAAGGCAAGCAUGGCAGUUGUCUAGCGGAUUGGGUUAAAGUCGCAGGAGGAUGGGCGUCGCCGUAG